GCGACCGACGAUGUCGGCGGAGAAACAGGAGACGGCGGCGGAGGUGCGCGUGCUGGGCAGGUGGCCGAGCCCGUUCGUGAUCCGGGUCCUGAUAGCGUUGCGGCUCAAGGGCGUGGAGUACGAGUUCAUGGAGGAGGCCAUCGGCAACAGGAGCGAGCUGCUUCUGGCGUCCAACCCCGUGCACAGGAAGAUCCCCGUGCUCCUGCACCACGGCAGGGCCAUCUCCGAGUCCCUCAUCAUCGUCCAGUACGUCGACGAGGUCUGGGCCUCCCAGGGCCCGGCGAUCCUCCCGUCCGACCCCCACGCACGGGCUGCCGAGCGGUUCUGGAGCCAGUACGUCGACGACAAGUUUCCAACGGCGAUCCGGGUGCUGAGGGGGAAGGUGGCCGGAGACAAGGACGAAGCGGCGGCUCAGGUGGCCGCCGCUCUUGAGCACCUGGAAGAGGCCUUGGUCGGGUGCGGCCGAGGGAAGGGCUACUUCGGCGGCGACAGCCUCGGGUACCUGGACAUCGCUCUGGGUUCCCACGUCGGGUGGGUCAGGGCGGUGGAGAGGAUGGCACAGGUCUGCCUCCUCGACGCGGCCAAGCUUCCUAACCUGGCGGCGUGGACGGAUCGGUUCUGCGCCCACCCGGCCGUGGCGGACGUGAUGCCUGACACGGACAGGUUCGUGGAGUUCAGCGUCAACAACGACGGCGUUCUAAAGGCAGCUCAUACAAAUUCCAAGUGAACGAACUGAAUACUAGUAGUACGUGUUGUUAUAAGGGUUCGAACACCAAAUAUUUCUAUUUGGUCUAUUUAGGGUGGAUCGCGGAUAGAACAGCGGUUAUCCGUUCUUUUGCUGCCCUUGACAAUCCAACUUUAUAUGAUAAUGCAAGAAAUGCUAGCAUUAGCCUGGGACAUAAAAAUCUUAAUGUUGACUCUGUUAUUGA